AUGCCCCCACCCCCGAGAACCUUUGUUCGACGCCAUUCACAUUCAAGAGCCCCAACUCACAAUGGAUCUGCCUCUCCCACUAGCAGCGUUAAUAGCGAUCAUUUUACCUCCAUACUAGAAGAACAAACGAAUGCUCCAUCACCCAUGUCCCGCGCGUGCCUUGAAUCUGAUCUAGGCAGCGCUAAAAGCAUCAUCACUCGCCUCCGCCUCGACCGCAAUCACUGGUGCACACUUGCCAAACAGCAAGAAAAAAAUCUGGACAAUGCAGGACGACUCGAGAGAGUUGACCAAGAAAUCGCUAACCCCACAGCCUUGAACGAGGAUCUUGAGGAACGAGCUGACUUUGCCGUCAUCACUGAGAAGUCACUUCUUGCAAAGUACCGCGAUGUUGUCACAAAGCAUGACAAGCUCGUCAACGACGUUAAUGAAGCAGAUCGUACCAUCCUGCAGUUGAAGAAAUCCGAUCGUGCCAAAGAAAAGGUACACCAGAGGAACCUGCACUUAAAAUCACUCAUUGGAAGGAAGACAAAUAAGGAAGAACUACUUCUUGAGGCACUUUCUGCCGCUGUAGAGCGGGUCGCGGAGCUGGAGGCAGCUGGAGAGAAACUCAUAGAUACUCUAGAGGAAGAGAGAGUCCGAAGCAGCGGGGGGAGUGGCCGGAGUGAAGGGGAAGAGAUUAGGUUCAGAGGCAUACUUGAUGAUGAUGAGUGGGAAGAGAAGAGGGAGAUAUGGAAUGAUUUGUUGGAUGAGGAAUCUUGA